AUGGAGCAAAAAGAGUCAAAUCACCAAGUUCCCAAGUCUAGAGCACCAAAACAUUUCUCGCUAAAGACCAAACCGGAGCAUCCGAAGUACGACCGCAUAUUCAUGCCUUCCCGACGUCCAAAAGUCAUGAUUCUUAUAUGGAAAGAUAGAUAUUUGAGUCAUGACCCGCGGCGAAGUGGAAAGAGGUCAUUUGGAUCACUCGUUGGACCGGAACUUAUUUUCUACCAAGACAUGUCCGACGAGCGCCUAAGUAGAGCCCAUGGAGACUUUGAUGGAUCAAGAGGCCCGAGAUACCGCGCCCAAGGCCUUGGCUCAUCUUGA